AUGGCCGUCCAGCUCCCCUCCGAGGCCAUCGGCCCUGCCGCUGGUGUGCUCGUCUACAGCUUCUUUUGUCUGUCUUUGAGCCUGCUUCUGUUAUGGCUGGUGUGGGUUCACCAUGAGCGGAAAAGCUAUGUGGCCAUGCUCUCAUUUUCCAUGUCGUUGGGCACACUGGCAUCCAUUGUGCAACAAUUCAACACCAUAGUCAAUUGGAACGAUGUCAAGACAUCGCAGUAUGAAAACGUGGUAGCGAACGUUGGAAGGCCCGAGUUAAACGUCACCGGCGCUUCUACAGGCUUGGACCUCGUUCUCUUUUAUAUCCAGUACUACUCAUACAAUGUGGAUGCCAUGUUGGUGGUUUUCUGGUCCGUUGAAUUGGCAAACUCUAUCCUCCAGCUUCGGAGUUCCAAGCUCAACCGCCUAAGGGGGAGUUUGUGGGCAAAGGCCAGCGCCAUAUUCCUGCCUGUCGUCCAGAUGAACCUCCUCCGUCUCGAUGUUGUUCAGAACAGUGUCUUGGGCUACAUGGUAUUGGCCGACUUUAUCAUGAUAGUAAGCUUUGCCAUCGGUAGCUUGCUUCUGCUCGCUAUACUCAUCAAGUACAUCCACUCAAGGGCUGUCCUGAUGUCGUGGAAUGUUCGCUAUGGCCAAAAUUCGACACAGACUACCAACCCCUACUCGGGUAAUGGGAGCAUGCCCUCUGGUCCUAGACCCACCAUACCUCGCAGAAACAUCUACGACAGUUGGCUUGCUGUGCGCUUCACUGUCGCAUUUGUGGCGCUAGGACUCUUCGAACUAGUCGUCAUCUUCUUCCAACUUCGCGCCACCAACACCAACACCAAGGAAAAUAUCCCACCCGAACCCGACCUCAGUGCUGCCCGGGCCCAAGACGACUUUGCCCUCUUCGUUCCCGGCGUGUCAGCCAGUCUCCUCAUCUUCAUCGUCUUCGGAACAACGCGGACUUUUCGGGACUACCUCUGGACCAAAUUUGCACCAAAGCCAUUACAGGACAUGGUCGCGAACAGGAAGGCACGGCAGAGACAAAAAUCAAUAAGCGAAGGCAAAACGAUGGCGCCACCGGUGGUCUUGUCAACCAUCCAGGUUGGCGUCAAGAGAAGCAGCCUCGGCCCUGCUAACAACACUGCUGGCGACGACUUUAAGGGUGCGCAGACAUUGACGACCAUCAAUGGACACGAGUAUCGGACCGGGCAGUACACGAACUUUAUACAUAGCGCGACCCCGAGUCCCACCGCUAGUCCCGGCCCUGGUAGUGAGGUUGAUCUUGAGACCGGGAAUGGGAAUGGACAUGGGCUUGGGCAUGGAGGUCACGGAGGUCACGAAGGUCACGGAGGUUACGGGAGCUACGGGGGAAAUGGGACGCAACGAAUGCACUUGCAGACGACGUCGACGCCCUUUGGCGUGGUCAGGAGCACAAGCAGGACGGAUGAUGACGUUCCGAUUUUGAAGAAGGCGAUGCCUACUUUUCAGAGAGGCUAUCGAUAG